AUGGCGGCCGUGAAUUUAGCUCUAAAACUUCUUCUAUCACUGUUUACAUCUAUUACGUUGUGGAGUGGUGUCCUUGCCUUGAUACCAAUUAUAGGUGAUUACUACCCGAUUGAACGAGACGCUUUGCUGCAACUGAGGGAUUCUGUUGAUUCUCCAAACUUGCACUCAAAUUGGACAGGGCCUCCUUGUAUGAACAAUCAAAGCAGAUGGGGUGGCAUUGCUUGCUCUGAUGGACAUGUCGUACGUCUUGUUCUUGAUGGAAUUCAUCUAACAGGAUCUCUCCCGCCUGCAUUUCUACAGAACUUAACGCUCUUGACUAAAUUAAGCCUCAGAAACAAUUCAAUUUUCGGACCACUUCCGAAUCUGACCAAACACGUACAAUUGGAACAUGUUUUUCUCUCGCAUAAUCUGUUUACGGGUCCAAUCCCUUUUGAUUACAUUCAGUUGCCAAGCUUGAAGAAGAUGGAGCUGCAACAGAAUUAUUUACAAGGUGAGAUUCCGCCUUUCAAUCAACAAAACUUGGUAGCUUUCAACGUUUCUUAUAAUAGUCUUCAGGGCCCAAUUCCUCAGACCGAUGUUCUUCAAAGGUUCCCAAAGAGCUCUUAUCAACAUAACUCAGGUCUUUGCGGCAAUCCAUUAAAGAAACGAUGCCCGGUUCCACCUACCCCAUCCAUUUGUCCGACUCCGACACCACCGAUCAGCAGCAAAAAGAGUUUUGAAUUACGGAAUUUAGCUUUUAUUGUGGCUGUUUCUGUCCUGGUUCCUUUCUUAGUUAUUUUUGGGUUUCUAUGGUAUUGUAAGAGAGUGCAUAGAAAAGAAACAGCUAAAAACGCAGGAUCGGCAGAGAAGAAAAUGAGUCCUUCUCCAAGGGCGGAGGAUCCAGAAAGAACAGCUGAAUUAGAAUUUUUUGACAAGAAUAUACCAGUAUUUGACUUGGAUGAUUUGCUAAGGGCAUCAGCCGAAGUCGUAGGCAAGGGAAAAUUCAGCACUACAUAUAAAGCAACCUUGGAAUCAGGUCUUGUUGUUGCGGUGAAGAGAGUCAAAGACAUGAAUGGCUUGAGCAAGAAGGAAUUUAUUCAGCAGAUGCAUUUGCUAGGAAAGCUUAGGCAUGAAAACCUGGCACAGAUCAUUUCUUUCUACAAUUCCAAGGAGGAGAAGCUGAUAAUCUAUGAAUUCAUACCUAAUGGCAACUUGUUUGAGUUAUUGCAUGAAAAUAGAGGUUCCGGAAGAGUACCACUGAAUUGGGCUACAAGACUGUCUAUAAUCAAAGAUGUAGCAACGGGCACGAAUUUCCUUCACCAAUACUUACCUUCUCACAAAGUACCUCACGCUAAUCUGAAGUCUUCCAACGUUCUGAUCCAUCGCCAAAACCAAAACUACCGUUCCAAGGUCACAGAUUAUGGUUACUACCCAUUGCUACCAUCUCGAAGAUCCUCAGCUAGGCUAGCAAUUGGCAGAUCACCAGAAUUCUCUCAAGGAAAGAAGCUAACGCAUAAAGCCGACGUUUAUUGCUUUGGUGUUAUCUUACUCGAAAUCAUAACUGGCAGGAUCCCAGGAGAUGAAAUUUCCUGGGCGAAUGAGGAAAGAGUGGCUGACCUUUCGGAGUGGGUUAAAGCUGUAGUAAAUGAUGAUUGGUCUACCGAUAUAUUGGACGUAGAGAUUUUAUGUGCAAGAGAAGCACACGAUGAAAUGCUGAAGCUUACAAAUUUGGCUUUGGAGUGUACAGACGUGGCACCAGAGAAGCGGCCAAAAAUGAGUGAGGUUUUGAGAAGGAUAGAAGAAAUCGAGGAAAGAAAAAGUGAUAAUGACUGA